AUGACUAUGCUCCUUGAUAGCGGUCCGCAGUUCCCGUCACUAGGAGUUGGAGGGUUUGGGACACCGAGGCACCAUGAGCUGGGGAACCGAGACCCAGGACUUGGGCUCAAUCCGUUCUCAGAUUCAUCUCACUCGGCAGCUUUUAAGAUAAGCCCCGUUACCCACGAUAUCGCUUCCAGCCAGACAUCGGCUUUCACCCCGCAAGCCACUGGAUAUGCGGCUGCCCUCGGACACCACCACGGCGGGCAAGUUGGUUCGUAUGGCGGCGGAGCGUUCAAUUCCACCAGGGACUUUCUCUUCAGAAACCGGGGAGCUGGCAUCGGAGAGCCCGCAGCGACCAGUGCCCAGCAUGGGAUCUUCGCUGCUUCAGCGGGGAGUCUACACGGACCCCCUGGAAUCUCGGACAACCCAGGACAUCUGUUGUUUCCGGGGCUUCACGAGCAGACGGUGAGCCAUACCUCCCCAGGAGGACACGUAGUCAACAGUCAAAUGCACCUGGGUUUACGCGGGGACAUUUUUGGAAGACCAGACCCGUACCGUCCUGUUGCGAGCCCCAGAACGGACCCUUAUGGCACCGCUCAGCUGCAUAACUACAACCACCCUAUCAAUAUGAACAUGGGGAUGAAUGUGCCGACACAUCACGGUCCAGGGGCCUUUUUUCGAUAUAUGAGGCAGCCUAUUAAACAAGAACUGUCUUGUAAGUGGAUUGACGAAAACCAGUUGAACAGACCCAAAAAGACUUGCGACAGGACUUUCAGCACAAUGCACGAGAUGGUGACACAUGUGUCUAUGGAGCAUGUUGGCGGCCCGGAGCAGAGUAACCAUAUUUGCUACUGGGAGGAUUGUCCGAGAGAGGGGAAAUCCUUUAAGGCCAAAUACAAACUUGUGAACCACAUCCGAGUGCACACUGGAGAGAAACCGUUUCCCUGUCCAUUCCCUGGCUGUGGAAAAAUAUUUGCCAGGUCGGAAAAUUUGAAAAUUCAUAAAAGAACUCAUACAGGUGAGAAGCCGUUUAAAUGCGAGUUUGAUGGCUGUGACAGGCGCUUUGCAAACAGCAGCGAUAGGAAAAAGCACAUGCACGUGCACACUUCUGACAAGCCAUACAUCUGCAAAGUGUGCGACAAGUCCUACACACACCCAAGCUCUCUCAGGAAACACAUGAAGGUACACGAGUCACAAGGUUCUGAGUCUUCUCCAGCUGCAAGCUCUGGUUAUGAGUCGUCUACACCACCAGUUCUGGUCUCAGCAAAUACAGAGGACCCGACAAAAACACCACCGACUGGCGUGCAAAAUACACCCGCACACAGCGAAGGACUACCACCCAACUUUAAUGAAUGGUACGUUUAA